UAUCUGUAGAUCAGAAUGGAUUUGAAUGAAGACUGAAUGAUGCAUUUUGUAUUUAUAAUAAAAUUUGAAAGGAUCAAUUACCAUAAGGAUCGAAAUUCUCGAUUGCUGAUUGGUUAUACCUCAGGGGUCAUAUUAUUUUGCAUGUGGUUUGUUUAUACCCCUUUUGUCUUUGUUUUACCGUGUCAAAUGAAAAGUUCUUAUUGGUGCAUUUCAAUCCUCUAUAUUCGACUAAUGGCACAUAAAAUUUGUCGAACUUCACUUUAGUUACAUUCUCUCAUAGACUAUUUCUCGUGAGGUUUGAUUUCAAUCAUGUCUGGUCGAGGUAAAGGAAAGGCAAAGGGCACCAAGUCCAAAACACGCUCAUCCCGAGCAGGGCUUCAGUUCCCCGUCGGUCGUAUCCACCGUCUUCUCCGCAAAGGCAACUAUGCUGAGCGUGUUGGCGCCGGUGCUCCAGUGUAUUUGGCUGCCGUGCUUGAGUAUUUAAGCGCCGAAAUCCUCGAGUUGGCAGGCAACGCUGCUCGUGAUAACAAGAAGACAAGAAUCAUCCCCCGUCACCUUCAGCUGGCUGUCCGUAACGACGAGGAGUUGAACAAACUGCUCGCCGGUGUCACCAUUGCACAGGGAGGUGUUCUACCGAACAUCCAGGCUGUACUUCUGCCCAAAAAGACCGAGAAGAAACCGAAAGCCUAAAUAAGCUUUCAACCACAAAAACGGCUCCUUUAGGAGCCACCAAAUAUUAUAAAAGUCGUGACCAACGAAUUUACAUACAUUUUCCUCAUGUCGAAAUAUUAAUAACCCCGCGCUUUAUGUAUGCGACACGCACGGAAAGCACAAAGUCUGCUUUUAAUUGAUAGAACCCAACGAAUAGGUACUGCAACAUUAUUUUUAUUGUAUUUUUCUGUCUUCACAGUAUACAAAGGCGGUUGACUGUAUUUGUUACCGGUCUUUUCGUGCCUACGCUCGCGAAUCUAUCUGUUGAAACACUCGCGCGAAAUUUGAAACGAGCGUUAAAGAAAAUGCGCCAAAGAAGUGACUUCAUGACAAAUCAGGCCUCUUGAACUGGCGCAAGAAAACCUUGGGCAAGUCAGGUUAGGAGUACUUGCUCCGCCACAAAAAAAGAAAAGACUAGUUUACUCGAGAGCUAGUUAAAAAUAUUGGAGUAGGAAUGAUUCGCAGACAGACGGCUACAUUUGCCACAAGUCGUUCGACCUUCGGCUCUAAGCGAGGCGAGGGGGCGCUCUCCUACAAAUAAAGACAAUUUUGAGGCGUUCUGAUAUUGCUAUGUAACUUAUAAAUCACCAUGGUGGGUCAGGGAACAUAUUUUAUUGGUCAUGACUUUUGAGAGAUUUGGUGGCUCCUAAAGGAGCCGUUUGGUUGUGUUG